AUGAGAAAUGUAGGAACUCCAAAGAAUCCGUUUUCAGUUUUGACACUGAUUUCUGUCGUUGCUUUUGCGUGUAACACUCUUGGAUCAGAUGAUGUUCCAAUUUACUCCAUAAACGUUGUCAAUGAGUUCCAUCAUGAUCCGGCUGCUUUCACUGAGGGACUUUUAUAUGCUGGCAACGAUACUCUAUUCGAGUCAACGGGACUUAAUGGACAUUCAUCAGUUCGGAAAGUGAAUCUGCAGACAGCAAAGAUUGAAGCCCUGCAUGAAAUGGAUGAUACUUAUUUUGGGGAGGGUUUAACUCUUUUGGGUGAGAGGUUGUAUCAACUAACUUGGUUGAGUAAUACAGGUUUCAUAUACGAUCGACAUAACUUAAGCAAAUUUGAGAUGUUUAGUCAUCAUAUGAAAGACAGCUGGGGACUUGCAACUGAUGGGAAAGUGUUGUUUGGAAGUGAUGGAUCCUCCUCUUUAUAUCAAAUUAACCCUCAAACAAUGGAAGUUAUUGCAGAGAAGGUUAUCAAAUAUAAAGACCAUGAAGUAUAUAAUCUCAAUGAACUAGAGUACAUAAACAAUGAAGUUUGGGCAAACAUUUGGGAAAGUGACUGCAUAGCUAGAAUCUUACCAACAGAUGGAAAUGUGACAGGAUGGAUUCUCCUUCAGAAAUUAAGCAAGGGAUUGAUGGAUGCUGGUUAUAAUAUAGAUGUCUUGAACGGAAUAGCUUGGGAUGCAGAUAACACAAGAAUAUUUGUGACCGGAAAACUCUGGCCAAAGCUAUAUGAGAUUAAGCUGCAUCCUCGUAGGAAACCUUUGACUUCUUCCAUUGAAAAACUAUGCUUGCGAGGUCCAGCCGAUCCUGCUAGGGAGUAA